CAGGACCGUACGUUACGAUGGAAGAAGCAGUACAUAGAAUGGAAGAAGCUUCGUUUGCCCACACCCACAAACACAACGCAGAGGCAAAAAAAAGUGCUUAUCCAACUCGGAAGCACUGAGCUGACUCGGAGCGAGUGAAGCGCGUGACUCGGAGGAGAGAGAGAGAGAGAGAGACCAUGUCUGGUAUUGCUCGUGGACGCCUUACGGAGGAGCGCAAAUCGUGGCGGAAGAACCAUCCCCAUGGUUUUGUUGCGAAGCCGGAGACGCUGCCCGAUGGUACGGUGAAUUUGAUGGUGUGGCAUUGCACUAUUCCCGGAAAGGCUGGGACUGAUUGGGAGGGUGGCUACUUCCCACUUACACUGCACUUUAGUGAAGACUACCCUAGCAAGCCUCCAAAGUGUAAAUUUCCACAAGGUUUCUUCCACCCUAAUGUCUAUCCAUCAGGAACUGUUUGCUUGUCUAUACUUAAUGAGGAUAGCGGGUGGAGACCAGCCAUAACAGUGAAGCAAAUUCUUGUGGGCAUACAAGACUUGCUUGACCAGCCAAAUCCUGCUGAUCCUGCCCAGACAGAAGGCUAUCAUCUAUUCAUCCAGGAUACAGCAGAGUAUAAGAAAAGGGUUCGGCUGCAGGCAAAGCAAUACCCACCUCUUCUCUAGUGCCAUAUCAGCUCACUUUAGAAACUAUUUUUAGUAUGGUAGAAUGUUGUUUGCUCUUGUUCUGUGUUGAAAGUUAAAACUUUCCUGUCAUCUGUGAUUGUUGGCUGCCAUAAUAUGCAGUCAUCAAUAUUUUAACCAUCUAUGCUUACUGUCACAUCUGGAUGAAGUGUUAAUAUGUAAACAAUGUGAAAGUCAACCAAUGAAUACUUGUUGGUGACACAUGUUGUUCUUGAUGUUCGCUGCUACAUUUCUAUAUGAAUGGAUAAUUACUGUAAUUAAAUUACGUGACUGGUUUC